UUUUUUCGCCAUUUUGUUUGUUCGUGCAUCGUAAAACUUUAGGUUUAGGUUUUCGUGUUCUGAUAUAUAAAUCGAACGGUUAAUGGUUUAGUUAGUGAACUGGUUGAAAUAGUAUCUACGAGAAAUUGUUAAGCUUUAAUUUGAAUAUUUUUAAUUUAAUUUAUUUUUCUUGAAGAAAUCUGAUAUUUCUCGGGAUUUGUGCAGGACGUCCAACGGAUCCAAUCAACCAGAACGUCAUCAUCUCUAAAAAUCUAAAAAUUAAACAUGGCAGACGAUUACGAGAUUAACGACAUGCUAGAGAGACCGUACAAGAAAAAAGAAGAGGUGAAAGUUCGGAAGCACAAAAGAAAAUCAGGUCACGAAGAAAGGAAGAAAAAGAAGAAGAAGAAAGAACACAGAAGAUCGAGGGAAUACUAUGAAGAGGAAAUGGACGACGAGGAAGAACGAAUGAUGAUGAUUGAUGAGGAGGAGGAGUUUUAUGAAGAAGAGAGAAUGAGACGUCACGAAAAAUAUAGGUCACGUAGAAGGUCAAGAAGCCCUGACAGGCACCACAGAUCAUCUCCAAGGUAUGAAUCUCCGAGAAGAUAUGAACUGCCUCCGAAAAAGAUUAAAUCAGAUAGGUCACCACGCGAGAAGUCAAGGGAGAGAAUUAGGUCAAGAUCAAGGGGGAGAAUUAGGUCAAGAUUGCCGGAGCUGACGCCAGAGGAACGAGAUGCCCGAACUAUUUUCUGCAUGCAACUCUCCACAAAGCUACGACCCAUCGACCUCAAGGAUUUCUUUGGAAAGUUAGGAAAGAUUCGAGAUGUGCGAUUAAUAAUGGACAAUAGAUCUCGUCGCUCAAAAGGCAUUGCCUACAUCGAGUUCCAAGAUACUGAAUCCGUGGCUAAAGCACUUGAGCUGUCCGGACAACGUUUGCUAGGUGUGCCAAUCAUCAUCCAGCCUUCGCACGGGGAGAGAAACAGAUCAAACAUGCCUAUUACCACGGCCACUGGCAAGCCCGGGUCUGUCGGCCCCAUGAAGUUGUACAUAGGCUCACUGCACUACAACAUCACUGAGGAAAUGCUGAAGGGCAUUUUUGAACCUUUUGGGCCGAUUGAUGAGUUGAAGCUCAUGAGAGAUCAUUCCACAGGCAGAUCACUUGGAUAUGGCUUCCUACAGUUUAAGAGAGGCGAUGAUGGCAAGAAGGCCUUGGAACAGUUGAAUGGUUUUGAACUGGCUGGUCGACCCAUGAAACUUGGAAACGUAGCCGACUAUCAGUUAGGGCAGUCAACGUCAACGUUAUUUGAUGCGGAUGAGGUGGACAAAGCAGGUUUCGGAAUGAAUGCCACCUCGAGGAUUCAACUAAUGGCUAAACUUGCUGAAGGCACAGGGUUUGAAAUUCCAAAAGCUGCGGCCAGCGUUUUGAAUGGUGGAGGUGGAGGGGUUGCCAAAUUAUCACCGACCAAUCAGAAGCAGGCUGACGCCCCUGCCCCACCAAUCGCAACUCAGUGUUUCCUCCUCAGUAAUAUGUUCACUGCCAAUGAAUUGAAGGAUGCUGAGUGGGAGAGAGAGCUAAAGGACGACGUGAUUGAGGAAUGCAAUAAACACGGUGGGGUCCUGCAUAUACACGUCGACAAGACAUCUGCCCAGGGCCACGUCUACGUUAAGUGUCCGUCCAUUGCGUCGGCCAUGUCCAGUGUAAAUGCCCUCCAUGGCAGGUUUUUUGCAGGCAAACAGAUCACAGCUGCUUACGUACCCCUGCCUAAUUAUCAUAAUUUAUUCCCGGAGUCCAUCAGGGCCGUUCAGUUCAUCCUACCGUCGAAUGCAAUAAAAUCUUCCAUACCUUAUUUGUAUUAAUUAUGUUAAUUAAGCUGAUUAAAGUGAUUAGUUAAUUUGUUAAUAAUUUUUUUUAAUAAUUAUACAACGUAAUUCACUGUUUAAUUGAGUAGUUGGUUAGAUUGGGAUGGUUUAUUUGAUUUGGCAAUGGUUGCAUGAAUAGUUUAAUUGAUUAAUUGAAUAAUUUAAUUGAAUAAUUGAUAAGUCAAUGAGUGUUUAAACGAAUUGAACUCAUAAUUAGAUUCUGUUUUUGUUCGUCAGCUAAUAACAGCUAAACUUUUUUUUAACAAUAUUUUAAACACUGUUAUAUGAUAAUUCUUCAUACUAGUUUUAAAAUAUAUCUAUAAAUAAUUAAUUUACUUGUUCGUUCGUUCAUUCGUUCAUUCAUUCAUUUAUUACAGAUGACAAUGGUAAAUAUAGUAAUAAGGACUUAGACUUGUAAAUAAAUAAUGGAGGAAUGCAUGCAUUCGUCAUACCUGUGUAAAUCGUUACUCAUUUGGUUGUAAUAAAAGUUCAGUAAUUGUGUAUUAUAGGAAAGUCAAAUAUGUAACAUGUGUAAGGCGUUGUUUGGCGAUUGCUUGUUUUGAAGUUACGAAGAAGAUAUAAGUAACGAGUUUGA